AUGACGCGCAGAAUCUGCAUCAGCGCCGUGGACGGCAACACGGGCUUCGCCAUCGCCGAGCUCGUCCUCAAGCACCGCGACUUCUCGCGAAGAGUCGACUCGGUGGUCGGACUCGCCCUCGACGCCGAAUCCGAGCUCGCCACCGAGCUCCGGGACCUCGGGGCGACAAUCGUCCCUCACGUGCCCGGCCGCGUCGGGGACGUGGUCAAGGCCCUCGAGGACAGCGGCGCCGACACCGUCUGCGUGGUGCCGCCGGCUCGCGGGAACAAGCUCGACAUGUGCGCCGAGCUGGUCGAGGCGGCCGGCAAGGCUCGCGUGAGCAACGUGUGUCUCAUCAGCUCGGCGGGCUGCGACUACGCCGACCCCAAGCGCCAGCCGCGGCUUCGAGAAUUCAUCGACCUCGAGGCUCUGGUCCUCGCGGCAAAGGGGGACGCCGGCACGCCAACGGGAACAUCGCCCUGCGUCAUCAGGGCCGUAUUCUACGCCGAAAACUUGCUCCUCCACGGCCCCCAGGCCAAGCAGGGAAUUCUUCCCCUGCCGAUUGGGGAGAGCCACAAGUUUGCUCCCGUGGCGUUGGGCGACGUUGCCCACAUCGCGGCCCGUGUUCUCACCGGCAAAGGAAAACAUGGCUUCGAUGACAGACACAGGGGCCAGAUGAUGGUAGUCACGGGACCAAAACUCUGCGCGGGCAACGAGCUUGCUACAGCAGCGAGCAACGCGCUGGGGACGGAGAUGAAAUUCGAGGACAUUUCUGCGGCCGAGGCAAAGACUCUUCUCAAGUCGCAGUCCGAGAGCGACGCGUCGGAACAGCAAUAUCUCCUCGAGUACUACAGUCUGGUGCGUGAAGGCAAGACCAACUAUAUUGCGACCACUGCGUUUCACGACGUCACUGGCGAGCAUCCGACGGAGCCCGAUGAGUUCUUUCGCCUAUAUCAGAGUGACAUGCGUCCGAACAAGAAAGCCAAGCAUCGCCGCAAGUAG